AUGUUUCAAGGUCGUAUUCAAUUAGACAAAGCUGAAAUGGAAGAAUUAAAAGCUUUAGGAGAUUUCGAACAAGUGGCCAUCCCAUCUCAAUGGAAUAUUCAUUUGAUGUUAAAAUCAAAAGUCAAGCAGUAUUCAGUAAAGAAUAUCAUUUAUGGUUUGCCCACUAAACGUCUUGAAUGUGAUCUUCUUCGAAAAUUUAUUGAUAAAAUCGACUUUUCAUUUAAAAUUGAUGAAUCAGUUGCCGGUAAAGAUCAAGCACAAGGUAUGCAUGAUCAAAUGCGUAAAAUUACUAAAGAUUUUCGAACUCAAGCUAUGAUAUUAUAUGUUAAAUCAUUAACUUGA